AUGUCUCGAGGAAAUGAAAUACUAACAUUUAGUUUUUCAGGCGAAAAAUUAAAUCGACCAGUUAUAAGGCAGAUUUUCGGUAAUAUUUCUCGAAUAUCUGUUAUAGAAGAUGUAUACUUGUCAUUUUUGGCCGUUUUACUCGAUAACGAAACUUUUUAUUUGAUAGAUAUCAAAAAUGAUUCAUUUAGAUGCGUCCAAAAAUCUCAUAUAUCAGGUCUCAUCGGUGAAAAAACCAAGCCAAUUAUAGCAUCAUCCGAAAAAUGCAUUAUUACGCAUACUAGAAAGAGAACAUUGACAAUUUUUACUCUAAACCAAAACAAACUUGUCGAAAAUAGCUUCAAUGUCAAUAUUACAUUCUCAAAAAUAUACGGUAUUGUUACUACUCCAGGAGAUGAAACAGAUUUUGCAGUUUUAGGCCGUGAUUUUUCAAAUGGACUACUUGUUGCAUUCUUCAAGAUUACGGAUAACGAUGUUUCAUUCGUUUUUGAUGUCAAUCUUGAUGGGGAAACAGAAAUGCCUUAUAUUACAAAAUAUCAUGGAUAUUUAGCAGCAGUUUGCCACAACAAAACAGUUACUUUCAUUGAAGGAGAGGACAAAUUCACCACCAUACAGACAAAAAUACCAGAAAUCGUUACACUUACCGAGAUAUCAGAUUCAAUUUGUUUAAUUUCGGACGCAAUCGGCCAAACAUACACUGCCGUGAUAAAAGGAAUGCAGAACAUGGAGAAGAAGCAGCUUGCACUAUCAAGAGCCUCAGAAAUCAUUCGUUUACCACAUAAUUUUUAUCUCAAAAUUUCUCAAAAUGGAGAUUCAAAUUUGUUGAAAUUUUUCGAUAAAAAUCUUAUCGUCUUUGACACUUUUGCUGCUUUUUCGACUGCUAAGUGCAUGCUCAGGAACAUGUUCGUAACAAAAGAUGGAAAAGUGAGGUCAAUUGAAAACGGUUCUGACACAACCGUUUUGGCAAAAUUUGACAUCACAAAUGGGUCAGAUUUAUUUUCUUUAGGUGAAAAUCUUGUUUUGUCAACUUUUGACAAAACGGUUAUUUUUGACAAAAAUUACUCUCAAAAUGAAUUUACAAAAAUCAUUUGUAAUUCAAGGACACUUUGUUUAGAAGGCAAAGAUAUUAAUGAUUUCAUACAAAUCACGAAAAAUCAAGUUUUAUUUAUCAAAAAUUCGGAAACAAUUUUAAACGAAAUUUUUGAUUCCGAAAUUUAUUUCGCUUCUAUUUCGAAAAAUUUGGAAAAUUUUGUUGUGGCAGAUUCCAAAAAAGUGACAGUUUAUUAUCACAACACCUUAAAACUAGAGAAAAAAGUAUUUGAUGUAGAAUGUUCUUGUGUUAAUUGUGAUAAUCAAAUGGCGGUUUUUAACGAUUGGAAAAGUGACAAAAUUUACAUUUUUUCAUUUUCUGAUUUCAAAGAAGAAAAAAUUGAUUUUGAUCAGAUGAUCACUUCACUUUUGACAUUUAAUGGAGAAAUUUAUUUAUCAACAUCAAAAUCUGUUUAUAAAAUCAACAAAGAAAGAAUGAAAGAAAAAAUUACUGAUAAUUUAGUUUCAAAACUCAAAAUCAUUGAUGAUAAACCAUUUAUCGUUGGAAAUCAAAGUGGUUUCAUUACAGAAAAGAACAAAGUUGAAUAUCUGACAGCGAAUUAUUCAAUUGAUUGCUGCAAAUUUAAUGAUUUGUUUGUGUUUUUGACAGAAGAAAAUUGUGAAUUUCUAAAAAGUGACACAACUUUACAUCACAGUCAUUUAGUUGAAUAUUAUGUCAAAGAAUCAAAUGUCACUUGUUUCUGUUUUGAUGAAAAUGAUGAUUGUCCAUUUGUUUUCGGUGUUUUUAGUCAAGAUCAUUGUGAAAUAAUUUCGCCGCGUUUGAAACCAUUUAAAUUGAAACCAGGAGAAGUUCCUUGUAAAAUGGAAUGGAUAAAGAUAAACCAGAAGAAUUAUUUGGCUGUUUUAUCUUCAUUUUAUUCGAAUUCGAUUUUGACAAUUUAUUCGCCGAAAUUGGAGAAAAUUUCUGAAAUUUCUCUCAGCGGAAAACCUCAUCAAAUUUGUUUCGUUGACAAACUUUUCAUUGCUGUUGCUCAUGGCCAUUUAUUAUCAAUAAUUUCCCCAGAAAUUGAAAAACUAGAAUUGUCAGAUUCUGAAGAAAAAACUGACAAAAAUUUAAUUUCUGAAGAAAAAUGUCAAAAAAAUUCGGAAGAAAAAACCUCUAAUUUUGAUAAAGUUUAUCCUGAAAUUGUUUUGUUGAAAGUAACUUCAACAGUUCCAGGAAGAAGUUGCUGUUCGAGUUUGACAAGUCCAAACAGCUGUUUUGUUAUUUAUGGAGAUGAAUUUUCGAAUUGUGUUAUUUACUCAGUGAUAAAUGGCAUUGCGACAGAAGUAACAAGAGACAUAACAACAAAGAAACUGAAAUUUGCAUGUGCGAUAUCGAAUGACUUAGUUUUAGCUCUUGAAAAAGAUGGAACAGCUCUUGGACUCAAAAUCAUCCAAAACAGGAUGAAAAUUGAUUCUUCUUUCAAUGUUUGCGCUGAAAUUGUUGCAGGAUUUUCUUCCCCUCCUGUUACUUUUUCAACAAAGAGUGGGUCAAUUGUUUCUCUAUUUAAUUUGAAAGAAAACCAAGAGAAAACAAUUUCUCUUUACAGAGCAAUGAGAUCUUUGUGCUUCGACAUUUGUUGUGAAACAAAUAUGAGUUGGAGGAACGUGAUUCGAAAUGGAAAAGAAGUCGGAACAGGUAAAUUUGUUGAUGGAGAUUUGUUGUUGAUGUUUAACAACUUAAAUGAAGCUGAUAAGAAUCGGAUUUUGAGAAAUGCAGGAUUAAGCCUUGAAGAUGCAACAAAGAUUGUUGAUUCUAUCCAACGAAUGAUUGAUGAGUAUCGAUUGAAUGUCCAAAAACCUAUAAAGCUAUAA